ACGGUGUACAAACAUAACAAAAUGAAAAGCCAAAACACGCAGUAGUUUCACAGUUACCAUUCCAUCAACAUCGAUUAAGACGGUCUCUUAGAAUCGCGAAUCGAUUUCUGGAAUUUUUGAUCGAUUUAUGAGAAGGUGGGAUAAAUAAUAGUGUUCAAAGUGCAUUGAUAUGGGAAGUGAUAUUGAAGAAAAGAGAUGAAUCGAUUAACGGUCUCCGCCUUUUUAUUGGUACUCGUCGUAGUCACGUUUCAGACGACAGAUUUCCAAGACAACCUUAUAAAUGGGUACAGAGCGCUCAUCGCGGACAUCCAGGUCAGGACUCAGAAAUCCAGAGAAGACAUGGACACACUGGUCUCCCAGAUCAAACUUCUCAUGAAAAACGAGGCUGACAAAGCUAUUAACUACAUGACUGUUUAUCUUGAGCAGAUCUCGUUGUAUUUUCAAGUAAUAAUUCACGACAGGAAGCCGCGUAAUGGUACCUACUGUAAAGAGAGCAUCGUUAAGCUUUUGGGUGAAAAUCUGCAGUUGGCUGAUGAAAAUGUUACCCUGUGUCUCGCGUUAGGUUACCAAAGAGUUCAAAGGCUACCAGAAAAACUUCAAGUUCACUUUGAAACGUUGGAAAAUCUUAAGAAAUAUUCAGCUUCGAAGUUAUUCGAGUGUCAGAAACAGCAGCAGGUCGGCGGGAAUUGUUCGCACGAGAGUCAAGAUUUAGAAAGGACAGUGUUUUUGUACGAAACGUCACCUUUCCCAGUGGUGAUGGCCGAAAUAGCGAUUCACGGCUUCAAAGAGGUCAGUGACCUCAGUGUGUGCCUGAAGGACAUCAUAUCUCGCAUGAUGACGCAUUCUGUCAAGGUCAUCGGUGAUUUUAACAGAUGCAUACACAACAUAGAAAUGCCGAAAUUAAAGUACUUAUUGAAAUUCAUGAAAAAAUACGCCUAAUUAUAUGACAUGUUUGAUGUUGAUUUUGUAAAUAACGGAAUUUUGUCUAAGAUUUAUUUGUAAUGAGGUCAAUUUUUAUACUGAACCGCUAUUAGGCUAUUUUUACAA